AUGUCUGGCUACCCGUCUUUGCCAUCAGCAGAUUCUCUUUCCAACGGCAUUCGAAAUAGUAAAAGAGAGGACACUGGCAGCGCCAGUAUCCUCGUCACCUGGCACUCCGUUCCAACCGUGGGUCCACGAGGCAUCUACCACGUCUACCUCACACCAGCCGACGAAUUUACAUCAUCCCGACGGAGUAGUAAUUCCGAGACAGCACUGAAUGCCAUGCAUAAGCAACGAAGGUGGAGUGAGCAUUCCAUUCCUGGUGGUCAAAACUCCACCGUGGUGCAUCAUCUUCGAACCGGACAGCCAUAUUUCCUUCUUAUGAGUGCUCAGAAUCGACACGGACGCAGUCCACUAUCCUCACUCUCAUUCUUUCGAACUGCUGAUGGUAAGUGCACUUAA